CCUUGCAUUUCCCGCCAAAUUUGUUCUCCCGCGAAGAAGCAAGGAGCGAUCAGUUGGCGAAUUUCGCAGGAAUGUCUGGAUUUGACGAGCGCCCGGUUUACUUCAGCGAUGCUUUUGGCUCUGAGGAACAAGCAGAUGAGCGAGAAGUGAACAGAAUCAGUGCCAAGAAGCGAUUUGGGGAGUUUAUCCGUGAAUUCCACGAAGGAACUUUCAGCUAUGCGUAUCGUGAUCAGCUAAAGAGACACUAUAAUUUGGGGCAGUAUUACCUUGAAGUUGAUCUGCAAGAUCUGACAAGCUUUGAUGAACAACUUGCUGAUAAACUCACCAAGAAUCCCGCAGAAUUCCUGCCUUUAUUUGAAGAUGCAGCCAAAGAAAUGGCAGAUGAGGUGACUAAGCCACGACCUUUAGGAGAAGAGGAAGUACAAGAUAUUCAGAUCACUCUCAAAUCUGAAGCAAACCCCAUGAGUGUCAGGGAACUGCGAUCAGAGCAAAUGGCAAAAUUGGUGAAGAUUCCAGGCAUUAUCAUCAGUGCUUCUGCCAUUCGUGCAUAGGCAACUAACAUAACUAUCCAGUGCCAUUCUUGUCGUAACACCAUCUCCAACAUUCCUCUAAAGCCAGGUCUCGAAGGAUAUGCAAUGCCUCGUAAAUGCCCAAGUGAUCAAGCAGGUCGUCCACCAUGUCCUUUGGAUCCAUUUUUUAUCAUGCCUGAUAAAUGCAAAUGUGUUGACUUCCAAGUAUUGAAGCUACAGGAAUCUCCAGAUGCUGUCCCUAAUGGCGAAAUGCCACGGCACAUGCAGCUGUACUGUGACAGGUAUUUGACAGAUAAGGUUGUUCCUGGUAACAGAGUCACUGUCAUGGGUAUUUAUUCAAUCAAGAAAGUUGCUCAGAAAGCUGACAAGGAUCGUGAUGGUGUGGGUGUCGGUAUCAGGAAGC